UUUAGUCUGUUGUGAGCUUUCGAACGGUGUGGAUCUUCUCUUGGCCUAUGGGACCCCUUGUUGGACCAGGGCUACGUGAUUGAGUGCGAAGAUAUAGAAGAAGACGAAGCAGUGUAUGUUGGAGUGGCGCGCGAAACGGACGGAAUUCGAACGGGACUUGAAGGCCCCAUCAACGCGCACGGAGGCUCUGGAUGGACUUCUAAUGGUUUUCUCCCUCGACACGGCAUAGGAAACUAGUGCGUGACAAAUUGUGGCACGGACCCAGGGGAGAGUGUUUGGGUGUUUUGAGUGCGGAGAGUGGGUGUGCUUUAUGGCCAGAAGGGCCAACGACACCGAGGUUUCGAUCGAAAGUGAGAUUCUGGAUUUUCUAGCGCGGGAGAUUUGAAAUUACGGCGUGAAAGUUGGGAGUGUGACCGACAGAUCGGAAAGUGAUAGUAGUGCUGUUUUCGGGACGCGGAGGUGCUUGUCCAAGUGAAGUGAAGUUGAGUUUGGGUGUGUGUGUGUGCGAGUCUGGCAAAGAAGAACUAGAGUAGGACGGAGUGGUACAAAACCGUUAAGAUGCUGUCUAGAGGAGGAUUUAUCGCCGUGGCUGGAGCACUUGCGAUAUGCAGCAUCGCAACCAGCGUGGAGGCCUUGCAGGGCUACUACGGUACCAAGAUUGGCGACCUCACCCAGUUGCACCAUGGAGUGUCAGGUUCGGUGUAUGCCGUCGAUGCGAGGACUCUAUUCCUGAAGAACUUCAACUACGAUGGGGAAGGCCCAGCUGCUUACUUCUACGUGGGAAACACCCGUGCUCCCAGCAACAAGGGAGCCCACCGGCUACGGGAUGAACGCGGCCGUUCCGGUAUACUGAGGAAGUAUCGUAACGAAGACAUCACCCUGUCACUUCCGGAGGGAAAGACCCUGCGGGACCUCCGGUGGUUCUCGAUUUGGUGCGACGAUUUCAGUGUCAACUUCGGCGAUGUGGUCAUUCGGAAUGAUCUGGACUUUCCGAGACCGACCAAGAUAGGGCAGCUGGCCGGAGUGCACGACGUCAGCUCCGAUAACAUUGUGAUCGUCGAUGCGCAGACGCUGCUGAUUCCGAACUUUAACUACGAUGGAGAAGCGCCAGACGCUAAAUUCUGGGUUGGCCGUGGUUCCAAGCCCACCUCCCAAGGCAUCCGCAUCCCGGACGAAAACGGCAAGGAAACGCCCCUGCGUCGCUACGACAAAAAGACCAUUGUCCUGACCCUGCCGGGCGACCUGACCGUGUUCGACGUCGGUCACUUUGGAGUUUGGUGCGAAGCCUUCACCGUCGACUUCGGACACGUUCGCAUCCCGGACCAGAUCAACGUACCACCGUCGCUGAAGAUGCUGGGCAUCAGCCCCCAGUCCAAACUGAACUGCGAAGUGCUUCUGGAUGACCUGGCGUUCGAAGUGCGAUGGGCCGUCGCCGGCGAGAGCAUCGUCAUCCAACUGGUAGCCAAACUGGAGGAUGGCGAGUACAUGUCGUUUGGAGUCUCCCCGGAUCAUGCCCAUAGCGUGAUGAUCGGAGCUGACGUAGCGGUCGUUUGGGUUGACAAGGCUACCGGAAAGGGAUACGCUCAGGACUACUACCUGGAUGCCAAGUCGCAAUGUUCCGGAGCUCGGGGAAGCUGCCCAGACACGAGGAUCACUGAGAACAGUAGCUCUAUCCGGCUGUUGAACGCUGCCAUGGUUAACGGAUACUCGAUUGUGACCUACCAAAGGCCUCUGAAGGCGUCCGAUCACCUGGAUCUACCGAUUUUCACCAAUGGAUCUCAAGCAAUCAUUUGGGCUAUCGGCCCACUGAACCAGCGUUACGAGGUCUCUUUCCACUCGCAAUACUUGAAGAACACCAAACAGGUGGACUUUGGUCGUCAACCAUACUGGAACUGCCCGACACCCGAGGCGGACCAGCAGAAGCACCAGGAGAAUCCGCAGAAGUUACAAAGCCUGGAACCGAAUCGUCGCGCGGAUGCAAUGAAGCGUCCGAACACUCCGGCUACGGCUCGACCACCAGCGAAGGCCGGCGCUUGGGAAAUUCCUCCAGUCCAAUGCUACGAACCGGAGGACGGAGUAUUCUACGCACAAAUGGGACCCACUGGAGGCAAACAAGGAUACCCGGCAAUCACUGGUCAUGUUGGUUGGGGUAUUUCAUGGUACAUCAAUGGACUGCUCAUCCCGGAGAUCAAUGUGGUUCGUGGAAAAACCUACACGUUUGUGGUUGAGGGUGGACAUGACCCGGAAACACCAGCCAAGUAUCAUCCAUUCUACAUUACCGAUGAUUCCGUUGGAGGCUACGAGCACCAGGAAGAGGACGUUCGAAAGAACAUCCGCAUCUUCGCCGGAGUCCACCAGACCCGAAAUGGUCAACUGAUGCCAACGGGCGUCGGUCGUCUCUGCAAUUGGACUCCAAAUCCCGAUGGUCCACCAGCUGAUUCGUACCCGUCGUUCGGAGCAUACCAACGCAGCCUCACCCUGAAAUGUGACUCAGGAGAACCCGGAGUCAUCUCCUGGACACCGGAUGCCGACACUCCGGACACCGUCUACUACCAGUGCUUCACCCAUCGCUAUCUCGGAUGGCGCAUCAAUGUUCAUGAUUCGUGCGAUGUGGCAGCCCCAAGCGAGAUCGACGAAGUCUAUGUCGAUCCGAAUGAGGAAGGUAUCAACGCAGAGCCUUCCAUUCGACACGAAUCGAAACUAUUGCCGUCGGAUUCGUUCCUUCAGCAGCACGAGAAUUUCGUGCACAAGAGUGACAACGAACUGAUCAAAAAUCACAAGAUGACCCCGGAUCAACCGACGGAGAGCUUCAAGCUGGAUCUGGAGAAUGAUCCCGAAAUGUCCAAGAUUAUCGAAGAAGGCAUUCGAGCCGCUGAAGACCUUGAAGAGAAGCUCAAGAGCAAUCAGACCUAUGCGAACCACACCGUCAACGAACAUCAACCUCUAACUCAAUCGGAGAUCAUGCACCACGGUAAACCGAUUCUGUCGUCCUCAGGCCUGCCAGUUUACCUCCGACCGCCAAACAGUGGACCCAUGUUCCGACCCGUAAAGCUACCCAUGCGACGGCCGAUCGCCGUAGAAAGACGCCCUGUCAAUGGCCGUCCCAAUCGUCCGUACAACAUUCCACAACCCUCCAUGAUCAUCAGCCACUACCAGAAACCGGUCAACCCUCUGAUGCGACCAUUCAUGCCCAAGUCCAAACUACCCAUGAAAGCGAUUGCCCCGAUCCUUCUUCUGGGAGAACCCACCGAAAUCAAACCAUUUAGAAAAGGCCUUCCACCACCACAGUCACAAGGGCCACAGCAAAUGGAAAUGAUGCUAAUGAAACCGGCCAAAUCCGUCCCGUAUAUGGUCCCCGAUGUGUCACCGUACCUCACCAUGAAUCUCAAGAAAAUCGAACCUGCUCCAAUCACUCUCCCGAUCCGACUGACCAAGCGACCCAUAAUGAAGGAACCCCUGAACAUUAAACCCAUCUUCAAAAUACCUUAUGACGUCCACGAGAACAGAGCUUCCUCUGAUUCGAUGUCAAGCAGUGGCUUCGAACCGAGCUCCGUAGUGGUGGAAAGUGGCUUCAAACCGAUCCAUCGCCGAAAUGGAGUCAUCAACGCUGAGUACGACGACCAGAUGCGUCAUCACGGAAACAUGAUUCAACGGCGACAGGACUACGACAUUGAUGAGGCGAUCGAAAGCGAUGCGCUAAUGAUCGGCAGUGGAGAACCACAGAGGCAGGCAUUUGAACCGAUGUUCAUUCCAUCACCACUAGACAGUAUGGCUAUGGCACAUAAGUCAGCCGAGGCGCAGGAACGGAAGGAUGCAAUGGAUAGAUUGACUGGAGAUCUGAGGGAAAUGAACGUCGAAGAAGGUGAAGACAAAAUGGCAAUGGCUGACGAUCGAGUUGAUUCGUUCUACCUACCCCCCACGACGACGCAAAAUGUUGUUAAGGUCUACCCAGAGGGAUCGGUCGUUUCCUAUGAUGGUAAAGCCGUGUUGGAUGUGUCCUUGCUGAACUCGCCAAGCAACGUCCGGCAAGAAGCGAUAAAAUCCGUUUCCAACACGGAACAAUUCAUCCGCAACACUCCUCAGUUCGGACCGUUCCGUGGUGAAAUUCCACCGAUUUCCGACUACGUUGCCCCGGACUCGCACCCGAUCUACGGGGUCCGUGGACCGAACUCCGUACAGACGCCAGUGUCCGAAUACGCCAACCCCCUCGUUCCCGGCGGAAUCAACCUUCAAGAUAGCAAAGACCUUAGCGUGAAACCGAUCUCCACGAAGCUGUCGAUCAUCAAACCAGUGGAAGAAUAUCCAGAAGAAUCCCGGAGAAAGCGAGAGGCUCACCACCAUCCCGAUCAUCAUGGAGACAGCCACGAUGACGGCUGGGAGGAGCAAGGCAAAAGUGCCAACAGUGCGACGAACACGAUGGCAACUCUGCUCUCCGCAGUUACUCCCCUAAUACUCCUCCGAAGAGCGCUGUAAUAUCCCACCAUCUCGCAGUGCGUCUUGCUUAAAAUCUUGUUUUUGGGUUAAGUAUUGUUAGAUAAGUUUUAUUUAAAAAAGCACUCGCUAACGUGAAAGUGCUACAAAAUUGUGCUAGAAAUUUUACACACUGUAAAUAAUAAUAAAGAUGCCGUGCGAUGGCGUUCCACUUA